CACUUCAGUGGUAGAUGCAUCUUCUGUUUAUGGUAGGGGGAAGGAUAAAGAUAUCUUAGUUGAAUUGCUGCUAAGUGAUGAAGGGAGAGAUGGUGGAGUUUCUGUCGUUCCCAUAGUUGGUAUGGCAGGUGUUGGUAAAACAACCCUUGCUCAACUUGUGUACAAUGAUGACAGAGUGCAACCUCAUUUUGAUUUAAGAGUUUGGGUCUUUGUAUCUGACCAGUUUGAUAUAGCAUGGGUAACUACAAGAAUCCUCAUGUCAAUUACUUCAAAAGCUGCUGAUAUUGACAACUUAGAUCUGUUGCAUGUUAUGUUGAAAGAAAAUUUGGUUGGAAAGAAAUUUUUGCUUGUUCUAGAUGAUGUUUGGAAUAAUGGAAAUAAGGAUUGGGACCUUUUGUGGAGUCCGUUAAAAGCAGGCGCAAGAGGAAGUAAAGUUAUAGUUACAACACGAGAUAGAAGUGUUGCAUCAAGCAUGGCCACCAUUCCAGCUCAUCAUUUAAGAGGUUUGUCAUUUGAUGAUUGUUGGUCGUUGUUCCGAACUCAAGCAUUUGAGGGUAGAAGUAUUGAUGGCCAUCCUGAUUUUGAAACUAUUGGAAAGGAGAUUGUGAACAAGUGUGAGGGCCUGCCCUUGGCUGUAAAGAGACUGGGUAUCCUUUUGCGCUCUAGAGAAGAUGAAGAUGAAUGGACUGACAUAUUGAAAAGAAAAAUAUGGGAUCUGCCAGAUGGAGAAAGUGACGUCUUUCAUUCUCUAGCUUUAAGCUAUCAUCAUCUUCCUGCACACUUAAGGCCAUGUUUUGCAUACUGUUCAGUGUUUCCUGGUGACUACGAAGUUGAAAAGGACUCUCUGGUUUUGUUAUGGAUAGCAGAAGGAUUUGUGCAACAGCCAAAAGGAGAGAAAACAUUGGAAGAAGCAGCUGAUGGAUAUUUUAAUGAGCUAGUGUCGAGAUCAAUCUUUGAACAGUCCAUCUCUAAUAGUUCAAGGUUUGUGAUGCAUGGCCUCAUGAAAGAGUUAGCUCAUUUUGUUUCUGGAGAAUUUUGUUUCAGUUUGGAAGAUAAUGGUAAGGAUAUCAUUCACAGCACUAUUUUUAAGAAGGCCCGUCAUUCCUCGUAUAUUCGUACCACAAGAGAUAUGUUCACAAAAUUUGAUGCCUUUAUUGGAGUUGAGUGUCUACGGACCUUCUUGCCAUUGGAUCCAUUGGAUGCAGUUGGUGUAAGCUAUUUGGACGGUAAAGUACCGAGCGAUCUCUUGCCAAAGUUGACAUGUUUACGAGUUCUUUCCCUUAAAGCGUAUCGCAUCACUGAAUUGCCGGAUUCAAUUGGUAGUUUGAAACAUCUACGGCACCUAGAUCUUUCUUGCACUGCGAUUAAAAAGUUACCUGAAUCAAUAUGCUCUCUUUACAACUUAUUAACGUUGAUUUUGUUACAAUGUCGCUCACUCACUAAGUUACCUACAGGGUUCAGUAACUUAGUUAACCUUAGACAUCUUCAGAUCAGUGAAAGUCGACUAAAAGAGAUGCCACUGCAAAUGGGUAGAUUGAAGAAUCUGUGUACAUUGUCUCACUUCAUUGUGGGCAAAGAUGGUGGGUCUGGAAUUAGAGAGUUGAGGUACAUGUUGCAACUCCGUGGAACACUUCUGAUUUCAGGGCUGCAAAAUCUGGUCAGUUACACAGAUGCAAUGGACGCCAAUUUAAAGAACAAGAAACAGCUUGAUCAAUUGGUUUUAAAUUGGAGUAACAAUAUUUUAGAUACAAGGGAUGAUACAGAUGAAGAGGAGUUGUCCAACGCUAGGCAGCUGCACAGAGAGCAGGAAGAUCCAAGCAGUCAAGGCAAAAUAAGUACUAGAUUCCCAAGCUUUAAGGAAUAUCUGCACAAACCUCUUGACUUAAAGUUCGCACAGAGAAGCGAUUUCAACAGAUUAAGAAAUGAAAGAGUUGAAACCGAGGCACUUGGGAUGCUAGAGCCUCACAAAAAUAUUAGGAAACUCGUGAUCAAAGACUAUGGUGGUAAUAAAUUUCCACGUUGGGUUGGUUGCAGUUCGUUCUCCAAGCUAACACAUUUGGAACUUAGUAACUGCACAAAGUGUCAGUAUUUACCACCACUCGGACAACUUCCGUCACUCAAAGAACUAGCUAUUGAAGGAAUGGAAAGAAUCCAGAGCGUAGGGGCUGAGUUUUAUCAGGAUGGAUGCUCAUAUGUUCCUCCUUUCCCCGUGCUAGAUAAUUUAAGGUUUGAGAAUAUGUCAGGAUGGGAGGAGUGGUUUUCUUCUGGAAAUGAAGGCGUGGAAGACUUUCGUAACCUUAAAAAGAUUAAAAUUCUGAAUUGCCCUAAGCUGAGGAAAAUCUCACCCCUCUUCCCUUCCUUGCAAAAGAUGAACAUCUGGAGCUGCAACGAAUUGAGAGCUCUUCCAAAGAUCCCGAGCAUUGAUAGCUUACAAGAAGGCAGAGAAUUUCCUUGUCUGCUAGAGCUUUCUAUAAGGACUUGUCCGAAACUGUGGGAAUUACCGAGUUCCUUUCCUUCCUUGCAAGUGCUUGAGAUGGAUGGAUGCCCAGAACUGAUGUUACUUCCGAAGCUUCCUUCAAUCCACGAAUUAGAAUUAAGAAAAUGUGAUCAGGGGCUGCUACAAAGCAUCGUUGGACUCUCUUCACUUGCCUACUUGCGAAUGUCUCAUAUUUCCGAGCUCACAUGUCUAGAUCACGAGUUUUUUAAAUGCUUAGAAGCUCUUGAAGAACUACAGAUGGCUCAUUUUGGUGAGCUUGCAACAUUAUCUCUUGGGUUUGGCUACGAAAAGCUUUCUUAUCUUCAACGGCUCGAAAUUUCAGGAUGUCCAUACUUGACUGAGCUACCGCAAAACUUUUGCAAAUUGGCACGUCUCAAGGAGUUGAGGGUCUGCAGUUGCCCAUCACUACUGUCGUUUCCUGAAACGGGCUUUCCUCCUGGGCUCUUAGGUCUUGAAAUCAAGGAUUGCGAGGCUUUGGAACUUCUACCUGAGUGGUUGAUGAACAAUCAUGAAGUUCCAUUUCUUCUCGAAUGCUUAGUAAUUGAGAGUUGCUCUUCUCUUGCUUCCCUACCAAAUGGUAGGAUGCCUCGUUUGCUUAAACAACUGGAAAUUAAAAACUGCAGGAAUCUUGAGUACCUUCCAGAGGAGAUUAUUCAGAAUAACAGGUCUCUUGAAUUUUUAACGAUCGUGGGGUGUCAUGCUCUUAGGUCAUUCCCAGAAGGUGCUUUUGCAUUGCCUGCCGCCUCAUCUACCACUGCCAUGAAGAUUAAGCAGCUUGUCAUACAAGAUUGCUCAAACCUUGCAUCCCUACCUGGAGGCCUACACAACCUUAUCUACCUUGAUCACUUGGAAAUAGAGGACUGCCCACUUCUCCUGUCCUUUCCCGAGCCUGGCUUACCGGCCUCUAAGCUGCUAUCAAUCAAAAUCUCUAAUUGCAGGAAUCUCAGAUCCCUUCCAAAUCGGAUGUCCAGCCUCACAUCUCUUGAAGAACUUUGUAUUGAUGGUUGCUCUAGACUAGUGUCAUUUCCAGAGGGGGGCUUGCCCACGAAUCUGACGUCACUUUCGAUCCUGGACUGCGAGAAUCUCAAGCCUUCAUGUGAGUGGGGGCUUCACAGACUUGGUUGUCUCACAGAUUUCUCGUUUGGUGGAUGUCAAGACCUGGUGUCGUUUCCGGAGGACUGUUUGUUUCCCAGCAAUAUAUCCUCUCUUCAUCUUCAGCGCCUGCCGAAUCUCAAAUCUCUUCCUAAUGGAGUGCAAUCUAAUACCUCUCUAGAAACACUAGACAUAUGGGAAUGUAACAGCCUCCAGACAUUACCGGAGGAGGAGCCGUUGGAAAUGUGUCUGAAUCUUGGAUAUUUGAAUGUUCUUUGAUACAGACGUUGCAGAUCUGUACGUUGCUUUGCAGACCAAUUGUGUGGCAAGGCUUUUGCUUUCAGGCUUCUGUCAAGACGUUCAGGCUUAUGUUUAGGUCGAACUUUGCCUUUUGUUCUGAGGUUCACUUCAAGUCUUCAAGCUUUCCUCAUCAUUUCUCUGUGUUUCAUCAAGAAACUAGCCUGAAUAUCCAUUAGUGCGUCAGUUAAGGCAUCCAAAGGUGGAAAUCUUCUCAUGGAUCUUACUCAACAGAAAAUUAUCCACCAGGGACAUUUUAGCUCAAAGGGGUAUCAGUCUCUCCACAGAGAACGUCUGCCCUUUCUGCUCAUCCUCUCCUGAAACAGUGAAUCACCUUUUCAGUCAAUGCUCUGGCCCCUCUUCUCUGUGUAUCAGAUGGUGGAUUGGUGGGGUUUAUCUUGGUGCCCCUCUGGUGACAUUUGCAGCUUAUUUGAUCAGUGGUGCAGUUUGGUGGUGAUUGGUGAUCUGCAGAGAACAUUAUGGUCCAUGUUGUUCUAUACCAUUGUGUGGUCCAUCUGGAAAUAAAGAAAUGAAAAAGUUUUUCAUGGAAAACAAGUGAUCUGGAGUAAUAUCUACACAUUGAUAUUUGUUCAGAUUGAAGAUGUGGCGGCUUUAUAUCAUCCCAAAAUUUUCCAUAUUCUUCUCAUCAGCAGCUUCUUCAAUCCUCAGCCUGUGUAAAACGUUGGAACAACCAUG